AGCAAACAAACCCAAAAAAAACUAUAUUUUCUAUCACCAUAUUAUCAAUCAAACAUGUCCAGUUCUAUAACCUCCAAAUCUUCAAACUUUACCGGACACACUAGCGGAACUUUUGCCACGCCCACACGCAAACAACUUCAGCCCUUAACCAGCAAUGAUAUUGCUAGUAAUGAAUUAGCAUUGGAAAAUUUCAUUAAUAGUCUAGAACUUUCCACAUUCUUCCAAUUACCCGAAGACGAACAAAAGUUACGUUUGGAUAAAUUGGAUGUUUUGGAACUUUACCAGGCGGCACAAAAUAUAAAUCGUGAAUUUGGCAUGAUUAAAUUGGAGAAUUUCUUUCUUAUAGAUUUUCUAGAGAAAAAUGAUCCCAAACUUUUAAUAGGUUUGGAACAGCGACGUGCUACCGCACAAACGGCAGCACAGAUUAAUGUUUUAAAAACGGGUGCUAAAAGAACGAGUAAUAUAUCAGUGGGUGGUGGUGUUAGUGGUACUGGUGGCGGUAGUGGUAGUUUAGUGGGUUUCAAGGCGAAAAGUGUUUUAUCAAAAUCUUUAAUGUCUGUACUUACAACGGGAUCGCUAAAGAAGACUCAUGAAUACAAAUUAAAUUUUCGUGCUAAGACUGAUAUGGCCGAGAAACUAGCGAAUGAGGUGGAGAAACGAGUGCAGGAAAUGGAAAAGAAUGCUUCCCAGGAAAUUAAACUUUUACGUGGUCACAUGGCAGAAAUGCAUUUUCAGCAUAUCGAAACUCAAGAAACUGCGAAAAAUUUCGAAUUACAUUUUCUUCGUGAUGAAAGUGAUUUGGCUUUCCUAAGCAAUGCCACCGAAAAACAAUUGGAGCAUAAAUUUCGAAAAUUUGUUAAUAAUUGGAUUAAGACGGCUCGCGCCUUAUUAGCCACCAUGCGUUUAAAAAUCACUGCUUUACAAGAACAUUGCCAGCAAUUGCGCAAUGAACUUUUAACCAAAGCCGAUUUAAGUGGUAUUUUAACAGCCAUAGAUUUUGAGAAAUUAAUAAUAAAACGUACGGAACUCUUAAAUGCCUUGGAAGAGAAAAAUUCACACAUGGCUGGACUGAAAGGUGUAACGGGUAAAGCUUCUCUUUCGAUGGCUGAAGAAAAACAAAUUAUGAUGAAUAUAGAGGAAGAAUCUAAACAAUUGAAUAACAAAACCUUAGAGGUGGUAAAGACUAUAGCUAAAUUAGAAAAAGAGGCGGAAAUAGUGGAAGCAGAGAAUGAAAAAGAUGUCGCCACAUUGGAAAAUUUGCGCUUACAAUUGGAACGUUAUGAGGCGCCCAGUAUUAAUGAGUAUGUACAAAAGAAAGAAGAGGUAUUGGCGUUAGAGAAGGAGGAGAAAAUGUUGAGAAGAAAAAUUUACAUCUUAAACAUGAAACUGGAUAAUACACAAAAGAAAUGUAAACGUCAAAUGGAUUCGAGUAUUUUUAUUAAUAUAGUAGAAGACUAAUUAAAGACUUUUAAUAAUUUCUUAUAUUUUUUAUGUUUUUAAAAGAAUAAACAAUUAAAAUCUGCGAA